CUGAGUGGUUAUUCAUCCUCGACGUAUGACGCACCGUGUUCUGUGUGACAUCCAAUGGAUGUGAACACACGUGUGGUUAUACGUGAUACCAACUUAAAAAAGUCAAAUUGUGUACAUCGAAGAUGCCACUGUAACCGUUCAUUCGUCUGAGGAAACGGCAAUCAGUGCUCACAGCAUAGUUAUUCCCGUAAAGAAUCGAAGGAUAGCUUCGAGUCGGGAAAAUGUGUUUCGGCCCAUUCAAAAAAAUAUGCCAUUGGGGACCACUUACUACUCUCGGGAUCAUAAAAAUAAUCACUUUGAUGACGAUACACUGCAGCAGGCAAUGGUGGCCACCAUACGAAAGUGCCCUGGCGGCAGCUAAUUUUUUACUUUUCUUUAGUCUUAGUGGGUCGACUCUUUACCAUUUCAUGAGUGCCAUAUUUGAGGGACCUGGAUUUCUUCCUUUAAAAUGGAUGCCGGAAAAUGCAUCAGAUGUUCAGUUCCUACAAUAUUGCACAGUUUGCGAAGGCUACAAAGCACCAAGAUCACAUCAUUGUAGAAAAUGUGGACGUUGUGUACUCAAAAUGGAUCACCACUGCCCAUGGAUAAACAAUUGUGUUGGUCAUUACAAUCAUGGCCAUUUUACAGCAUUCCUAGCGAGUGCAGUAGGAGGCUGUUGCGUUUCUACAGUCAUUCUGGUAUCAUGGGUGAUAACGGUCUUCUCUCCGUAUGAAUUACUUUUUCCACCACCCUCGGUGUUCACCUUGAUUGCAGCUAUUUUUACUACUGGGCUGUCAAUUGGAGUUGUCCUAUCAGUAGGACUGCUACUCUAUUUUCAAUUAAUGGCCAUCUUUAGAAAUAGAACUGGAAUAGAAGAUUGGAUUUUAGAAAAAGCACAGUCUCGCAGAACAGGAGGAAAAGAAAAAUUUAUCUACCCUUACUCAAGAGGAUGGUUAAUAGAUGCAAAGCAAGUAUUGACUUGGAAUUGUAUCCCAGUUGGAGAUGGUAUCAUGUGGCCAGUCAUUGAAGGCUGUGACCAAUAUACUCUUACGAGGGAACAAUUAGCUCAGAAGACAGAGAAACGGAAACGAGCAAGGAGGUACAGAAUAGUAGCAAAAGCAUCGGGAUCGUGGUUCCCAGUGACUCACGGAUGGAAAGUCUUUUUGCACCCACCUCGCACGGAUGAACCACGCAUUAAACUUGACAUUGGUGACAUUGUAAUGGUCACUCGUUGGCAUAGGUAUUGGUUAUUUGGAGAAAAGGAACAAGAACGACCAGUUAACUCUGCAGUAAAGCGAAUUCGUGGAUGGUUUCCUAAACCAUGUGCUCUGGAGAUUAUAGAGAGUGACGGUGAUCUGUCGUCAUUUUCUAAAGUCGAUUGAAAGUCAUUACAUACAUAUAUGUAUUUUAACUGACAUGUGCAUUCUGAAUUACAAUGCGUGCUUGUCAUGCAAGAGAUAAAUGAUUUAUACAGUUUUGUACAGUGACAUUACCCGCGAAAGAAGUACCUAGUAUAAAUGUAAAUGUAAACGUGAAUGUAAUAUAGAUUACGUCUAUUUUCCAGAAAUUUCAUAUUUAAAGUGAUAUUCUGGGAAAAUAAGGACUUGACUGAAAAAUGACCUUACUUUCUUGUACUCAAGAUAUGUUACCCGUAACUUGAUAAUUAUUUUCUCAUAUUUUAAUUAAAGAAAGGUCCCGAAGGACUUCAACGAUAAAUCAAAGGCACUGGAUAUAUAAACAGGGUUGUACCAUCGCUACAUAGGAACUGUAACAUACCAUUUCAUAAACCGUUUUAUCCUCCGUACUUUUAUAUUUAAUUUAUAUUAUUAAUUUUAAGUACUUAUGAGUGUUCACCCGAGGAGGCAGUCAUUCCGCAUUUGCGAUGCGAAACUCACCGUCGAUA